AUCCCCGCCUUCUACCGCCUGGUCUUCCUGUACCUCGAGCCUGUCUCCAUCCUCGCAGGCGCCGUGCAGGCCUUCUGCUUCCAGUCGGCUUACCUGUCUCUCACCCACGCCCCUAGUGCCCCCAGCGUAGUGCCUGUCUCAACGUCCAUUGUGCUGACUCAGUUGGCGAACCUGUACCUGGGGCUUGCCCUGACUGAGGCGCUGAUCCUGCGCGUGACCACCGAGCACAGCGUGUGGAAGGCGCUCAUCAUCGUGCUGCUUAUUGCCGACGUGGGUCAUCUGUACUCGGUCCUGCCGCUGGGCUUCUCCAGAGCAUUCCUGCAGUGGUGGAACUGGAACGCCAUAGACUGGGGCAAUGUCGGCUGGGUCUACUUCCUCGCGCUGACGCGUAUCUGCAUGCUGCUAGGCGUUGGUUUU